AUGGCUGGGAAUGAAUGGAUCAAUGGCUAUCUUGAGGCAAUACUAUCGACUGGUGCAUCAACCAUUGAAGAGCAGAAGCCACCGCAAGCUGCUCUUAGAGAUGGAGGCCAUUUCAAUCCGACGAAGUAUUUUGUGGAGGAAGUGGUGGCGAGUGUGGAUGAAUCUGACUUGUAUCGCACUUGGAUCAAGGUGGUUGCUACACGUAACACGAGGGAGAGAAGUUCAAGACUGGAGAACAUGUGUUGGCGUAUUUGGCACCUUGCACGCAAGAAAAAACAGUUGGAAUGGGAAGAUUCUCAGAGAGUGGCGCAUCGAAGAUGGGAGAGAGAACAAGGACGCCGCGAAGCUACCGAGGACUUGUCAGAAGACUUAUCAGAAGGAGAAAAAGGCGACAAUGUUGGAGAGAUGGUUCAAUGUGAGACUCCAAGAAAACAAUUUCAUCGUCAGAUUUCUAAUUUGGAAAUUUGGUCUGAUGAAAAAAAGGAAAAGAAGCUUUACAUUGUCCUCAUAAGUUUGCAUGGAUUAGUUAGGGGAGAAAAUAUGGAGCUUGGCCGAGAUUCUGACACCGGUGGACAGAUCAAAUAUGUGGUUGAACUCGCUCGCGCACUAGCGAAAAUGCCUGGAGUAUAUAGAGUUGAUCUUUUCACACGCCAAAUCUCAUCGCCAGAGGUUGAUUGGAGCUACGGAGAACCGACAGAAAUGCUAACCGUAGGUGGAGACGAUGAUGAUAGCAUUGGGGAGAGCAGUGGUGCAUAUAUCAUAAGAAUACCAUUUGGUCCGCGCAAUAAAUACCUACCGAAAGAGCUUCUUUGGCCAUAUGUUCAAGAGUUUGUCGAUGGAGCGUUAACGCAUAUCCUCAAUAUGUCAAAAGCUUUGGGCGAACAAGUCGGUGGAGACCAACCUGUUUGGCCAUAUGUAAUUCAUGGACAUUAUGCCGAUGCUGGAGAUAGUGCUGCUAUUCUUUCAGGUGCUUUAAAUGUACCGAUGGUUCUGACUGGUCAUUCACUCGGAAGAAACAAGCUUGAACAACUUCUUAAGCAAGGACGACAAUCGAAGGAGGAUAUCAAUUCAACGUAUAAGAUGAUGAGGAGGAUAGAAGCGGAAGAACUUUCUCUUGACGCUGCAGAACUUGUUAUCACUAGUACAAAACAAGAAAUUGAGGAGCAGUGGGGACUUUACGAUGGAUUCGAUGUCAAGCUUGAGAAAGUACUGCGUGCUCGUGCUAGACGUGGUGUCAAUUGUCAUGGUCGAUACAUGCCGAGGAUGGCGGUUAUUCCACCUGGUAUGGACUUUAGCAAUGUUGUGAUACAAGAAGAUUGCCCUGAUGUUGAUGGCGAGCUUGCUCAGCUUACUGGCGGCGGUGUUGAAGGGUCUUCACCAAAAGCAGUGCCUCCAAUUUUGUCGGAAGUUAUGCGUUUCUUUACAAAUCCUCACAAACCUGUGAUCUUGGCCUUAUCAAGGCCAGAUCCAAAGAAGAAUUUAACCACUCUGUUAAAAGCAUUUGGAGAAAGCCGUCCCUUACGGGAACUUGCUAACCUUAUGCUCAUAAUGGGAAAUAGGGACGACGUAGAUGAGAUGUCGUCCGGGAAUGCAAGCGUGCUUGUAACAGUGUUGAAGUUGAUUGAUAAGUAUGACCUCUAUGGGCAAGUAGCAUACCCUAAACAUCACAAGCAGUCGGAUGUUCCAGACAUAUACCGAUAUUCGGCAAAAACAAAGGGUGUUUUCAUAAAUCCGGCUUUAGUAGAGCCUUUUGGUCUUACUUUAAUUGAGGCAGCAGCACAUGGACUUCCAAUGGUGGCCACUCAAAACGGGGGACCUGUCGACAUUCAUCGGGCUCUCAACAAUGGUUUGCUUGUGGACCCUCAUGAUCAGCAAGCAAUUACUAAUGCAUUGCUCAAGCUGUUGUCAGAGAAAAACCUAUGGCAUGAGUGUAGAAAAAAUGGCUGGAAGAAUAUACACCUAUUCUCGUGGCCUGAACACUGUCGUACGUAUUUGACUCGGGUCGCGGCAUGCAGAAUGAGGCAUCCGCAAUGGCAAACUACUACACCAGGAGAUGAUAUAAAUGUCGAUGAAUCGUUCAGUGAAUCUCUUAAAGAUGUUCAGGAUAUGUCACUUAGGCUCUCUAUUGACGGAGACUUGGCUGGAGCAAACGGUGUGGGUGAUACGCAAGAUCAAGUUAAGAGGGUACUAAGCAAGAUGAAGAAUUCAGAUUCUGGCAGUUUGAAUGAAUCUUCUGAGAAUGUAGCUGGGAAAUAUCCUCUAUUGAGGAGACGGCGUAGAUUGAUCAUUAUAGCGGUCGACUUGUAUGAUGAUAACGGAGCUCCUGAUAAGAAAAUGAUCCAAAUAGUUCAAAGAAUUAUCAAAGCUGUUCAAUUAGACCCUCAAGCUGCAAGAGUAUCGGGAUUCGCUUUAUCAACGGCUAUGCCAAUACAACAAACAAUUGAGUUUCUUAAAUCUGGAAACAUUCAAGUAAAUGAUUUUGAUGCUUUGAUUUGCAGUAGCGGAAGUGAACUUUACUAUCCCGGUACUUAUACCGAAGAUGGAAAGCUUGUUCCUGAUCCCGAUUAUGCCGAGCAUAUCAACUAUCGUUGGGGUUGCGAAGGUUUAAAGAAAACAAUCUGGCAUCUUAUGAAUACUGCAGAAGGUGGAGAAAAUUCUUCCACCGCCAUUGAAGAAGAUUUGAAAUCAAGUAAUGCACAUUGCAUCUCAUACAAAAUUAACUAUCUUAGUAAGGCAAAGAGAGUCGAUGACUUGAGGAAGAAGCUUCGUAUGCGAGGCCUACGGUGUCAUCCUAUGUACUGCAGAGGUUCAUCCAAUAUGCAGGUUAUUCCACUCCUUGCAUCUCGAGCACAGGCACUCAGGUAUCUGUUUGUCCGUUGGCGAUUAAAUGUUGCAAACAUGUAUGUGAUUCUUGGAGAAACCGGGGACACUGAUUACGAGGAACUGAUUUUCGGAACGCACAAGACGAUAAUCAUGAAAGGGGUAGUGACUAAAGGUUCAGAUGAUAAACUUAGAGGUCCAGGAAGCUACCAAAGAGAUGAUGUUGUACCAGAUGAGAGUCCUCUUGUGGCAUGCAUUAGUGAACCAUCUGAGGAAAAGAUUGCUAAUGCUUUGAAGGAACUAUCUAAAUCUCAAGGUUGA